UACUAAACUAUCAAUCAACAUAGCAAAAAGGAAAACGGAACUUUGAGGUCACAUAGGACAGAACCAGAAAAAGAAAUUAAGAAAAAAAAACAAAUAAAAAUGCAAACAUCAUUGUAGUCUUACUAAGUGGAAAAUACACGCAAAAACAAUAUGGGACCUGUAUAAUGUAUAGCUAAAGUUCAACAUUUACCAAACCAACCAAAAAACCAAACCUCACUUUGGUGCAUUUUGUUUUCCCUAUUCAUUUGAAGCAUAUUGAUUAUUAUGCUUCCAAUAAUUGGAUUUAUUAUUGUUUAUGUUGCUUAAUUACCACUAAUCCAUUUCUAAAUAUCUUACUGAUACUAUUUUACUUCUUCACUUUCUAGAUCUUAGAAACACCACCACCUUAAUAACAACAAAAACAACAAACAUAUGUUAUAGUUUCUUGUUUAUGAAUUUGUUGGUUGGUGUUUGACUGUUUUCUUUUCAUUUCUAUAAACAAUCAACAAAACCCAAUUCCUCAAUUUUGUAGAUUUUUUCAAUCAAUAUCAAUUUUGGUAUCCCAAUUUUAGGGUUUUACUUUUCCCCUUAUUGAUAGAUAAUAUGGGAGAUAUUCAAUAAUUGUAACUUGAUUAUGUGUUGAGAAAAAUGUGAACUUUGAUAAGUUGGGAUUUCAUAAAAGUAGGAAAGGUAAGAACUUUCUUAGAGAAAGAUGAAGAAACAAUUGACAGGUUUAAGGGGUGAUUCUCACUUGCACUCGGCUAUUCGAGUUGGAAAUUCGGAAUCGGUGUUGGAAACAAUCUCUGAGAAUCAAGGUGAAGAAGAGUUAAAGGAGUUAUUUUCUAAGCAAAAUAAUUCUGGUGAAACUGCUUUAUAUAUAGCUGCUGAAAAUGGUCAUCUUGAUAUAGUUAAGGAAUUGAUCAAAUAUCAUGAUGUUGGAUUGGCUAGCUUGAAAGCUAGAAAUGGAUUUGAUGCAUUUCAUGUUGCUGCUAAAAAUGGAAACUUGGAGAUAUUGAAGGUGCUCACGGAGGCAUUUCCUGAAAUUUCAAUGACGGUUGAUCUGACAAACACGACUGCACUGCACACUGCUGUGUCGCAAGGACAUAUUGAAAUAGUAAAUUUUCUAUUAGAGAAAAGUAGUAGCGUCGUAACUAUUGCGAAGAGCAACGGGAAAACUGCAUUUCAUUCUGCUGCAAGAAAUGGACAUGUGGAGGUCAUCAAGGCCCUGCUUAACAGCGAACCUGAAAUUGCAAUGAGAAUCGAUAAGAAGGGGCAAACUGCCCUCCAUAUGGCUGUUAAAGGACAAAAUCUGGAGGUAGUAGACGAGCUUUUGAAACUGAACCCAUCUUUUGCUAAUAUGGUGGAUGCCAAGGGAAACACUGCUCUGCAUAUAACAACUCGGAAGGGUCGUCUACAGAUUGUUCAGAAGCUACUAGAAUGCAAAGAAAUAGACACUGAUGUUAUUAAUAAAUCUGGAGAAACAGCUUUGGAUAUUGCAGAGAGAACUGGUCGCUUGGACAUUGCCAAAUAUUUGCAGGACCGUGGAGCUCAAAAUGCUAGAUCCAUCAAAUCGCCUUCAGCAAACAGAGCCCUUGAACUCAAACGAACUGUGAGUGACAUAAAAAGUGGGGUGCAUAACCAGCUGGAACACACAUUUAAAACGCAAAGACGAAUGAAAGGCAUAGCAAAGCGAAUUAACAAGAUGCAUGCUGAGGGGCUUAACAAUGCAAUCAACUCCAACACCGUUGUUGCUGUCCUCAUUGCAACAGUUGCUUUUGCUGCCAUAUUUACUGUCCCGGGCCAGUAUCCUGAGAACACUGAGAAUCUCGCGCCUGGAAUGUCUCCUGGGGAAGCCAAUAUUGCUCCAAAUAUUGAGUUCCUGAUAUUCGUAAUAUUUGAUUCUACGGCCCUUUUCAUAUCAUUAGCUGUUGUGAUUGUCCAAACAUCGGUGGUUGUUAUUGAGAGGGAAGCAAAGAAACAAAUGACGGCAAUUAUAAAUAAGUUAAUGUGGAUAGCAUGUGUGUUAAUUUCUGUGGCAUUCCUUGCAAUGUCAUACAUAGUUGUUGGGGAUCAGAAAGAAUUGGCUAUUGCAGCCACGGCUCUAGGAACGGUGAUUAUGGCGGCUACUCUAGGAACACUUUGUUAUUGGGUGAUUGCUCACCGACUCGAGGCCUCCAGAUUACGAAGUCAAAGAACAAUGACAAGCAGUAGGCAUUCAUUGGCUAUGUCAGCUAUGUCAGCUUCCGAGAAUGAGUAUAAAACAGUGUACGCAAUAUAAAUUUGAUUUUUUUUGUCAAAUUAUGCUAACAUAGAUGCAGGCAUUUACUGCUCUGUAGCAUGCCUUUCGAAAAUACAGGCAAAGAAUGUAUUCAUAGUAUAGAUGAUAAGUAAAUAUGUCAUUUUACAUUGAAUUAUUGGAUCAUGCUCAUUUUCACAAUAUUUAGAUUCAUUUGAAAAUCAUUCAAA